AUCGACUUGGAUUAACUUACAUGUUUACCAGAUAACAUUAUUUGCAACGUAGGACUUGAAACUUAUCUCGUUUGACAACUCCAAGUUAAAAUGGGUACGACCAACAAGACUUGGUUGAAUUCGUUUAUAAACCCCUCUCGGGAAAGCCUUCUCCGUUUUAGAGACCCGCUGGAGCCCCGAAUACUUCCGGCGAAAAAAAAUGAUGAAGACCCUACAAGUGCCGACAAUUUCAGACACCAAAGACAUGGCAGGUCUACCGCUGGCUUCGCUUCUUUUCGAUCAAUGUUACCCGGAGCUGAAGCCCGACUACGGGUUAGCACCAUAUCUGAACGGUCCUCAGGGCGACUUAUGGGUAGCACCGAAAGACUCGCUCAACGGAAAAGUGGUUUUGACGCCAUCACCGACUGAGAAGCAUAUGUACGCUUUAACACAUCUAGCGAUAAUAGAACUGGGACCCGCACUGGAGCAAAAGUUCCUCAACGAAGGGCGACUUUGGAAAGAAUCAGCGCUAGAGCAACUCGAGAAGUUCUUAAUGGGUGUUUACGAAACAGAAAAAGCGGCUUUGCUUGCCGCGUUACGUGAAGAAGAGAAACUUGAAUAUGGGUCACAGUUGAAGAAAAUACAAGAUUAUUAUGACGCUGAAAUCUGCAAAAUUGUGACGGAGUGUUACGAGCAAAUUGAACGACUGAAAGAAGAAAUGGCGGAAGAAGUCGAUUCGAUAAAUAUAUUUUGGAAAGAUCGAGCACAACAAGAAAUUAAUGAAACUGUGGCCAAAGUAACCGGGAAAUUUUUGGACAAGAUGAAACUGCAGGAGCAAAUUUUAGUCAGGAUAUAUAUCAAACAAAUCAGGGCUAUCCAAGACAAGAAAAAAUGUGCUAUUAAUUUCGAGCGGAAAAAAUACAACGAGAAGAUAAAAGAAAUGAAACACCAACUACAUUGUCAAAAUGUGGCCGAUCUGAUGUACCUUCUUUGCAAAGAAAGGAGAAGAUGUAAAGUCGAAAGGAACGUAAUUCGGAAGCAUUAUGUGAAGCGGGUGCGAAAAAUGAAGUCAAUUUCGAAGCAAAAGUCGAACGAAAUUAAAGAUUUGAUGAAACUUAAAAUCAAAAGAGAGCGCCAAUUUAUAGUGAGGGAACAAUGUCUAGUCGAGAUUUUGCGCCAGUACCAGAAGUUUAUAUACUUUGCUUUGAAAGCCGUCCCCACUCAAGCAGAGUUUCUAUUGAACAUCGACCAAUUACUAAAGUUCGAACUGGACGAUUAUGGCUUAUCUCAACAAGUUACACAAACUGAAGUGAAACCUCAGCCAGAACUACAAGUUCUUGCUGACCACGAUCUCGAUACUAACGAAGACAUUGAAGAUUAUUUGCGAUAUUUGCAGUCACUAUCAGUUGAAGAAGAAUUUGAAUGUAGUGACGUUUUGCCGGCGUUUUACUACAAAGAUGGGAUGUAUGUGAGGGAAGACUUUCGGGAUAUGUUUUCUGCGGGACGCCAGAUCGGCCGAAACCACCCACUAUGGAAUCCCGAUGUCGAAGAACUCUUGAACAUAUUUAGAAAAGCUUGCGAAAAACCAAAUUCCUGUCAAACUGACAGAGUCGACUCACAUUUGGACAAUCAAAGAAAAUUAAUAUUAGGUAGUGAACGUAGUGAAUCGACCCAAAUACAAACUUUUUCGUCUGAAUUAUCCAAGUCUGCAGUCCGUGUUUCGACAAUGAACGCCCAACAUACAAAAACCAAAGCGUCAACUUCUGCAAACCACGCGCCAGAGUAUGAAGAAGAAAGGGAAAUUAGAAAAUUGUCACUAGGAGAAGGUCCGAGUGGGCCACCUAGGCCCCACGUGCUGUCAAGAAAUUACUCAGCAAAUCCACUUCAACAUCAAAUGGCAUCACAUCCAGAAACUCAGUGGCGUGUCACGCACGCUCACUAGAUACCCACUAAUUCUAACAUUUACCACAAAAGAAAGUUUCUGUAUUUUUUCAAAUCUUCGAUUUCUCGUUUUUUAAAUUUUUCGGUUUU